CAAGAUGGCGGCGCCCGGUGACAGGUCGUGUGCUGUGAAACAGCUGUUUGCAAGGUAGUGAGUUGCGUCUGUAACACAAAGUUGACAAGAUGUCGCAUCGGAAGUACGCAGUCGUAAGAUGACAUUAGAUGACAAGACUGAAGAAUCGGUGAUAUAAUAUUAGAGGGAAAAUGUUUGCGCCUGUGUGGACGCGACUGUCAUUUACAGUCCAGUCCGUACCAGGGCGGAGGACAUUGGGUCUAUUUUCCAGCCCAGCACUUUCAAACUGGAGUAAAGUGGUGUCUGACGCCGAGAAGAUCGUGGGUUUUCCAAGUUCUUUCAUGAGCCUCCGGUGCCUACUCAGUGAUGAGUUCAGUAACGUCGCCAUGCAUGUCAAGAAGCUGGUCGGAACCCAACACCCUCUACUUAACACCGCAAGAGGUUUUGUCUAUGACAGCAGGAACAACCUUCAGAUGAGAGGACUAGUUGUCCUUCUUCUCUCAAAAGCUGCAGGACCAAGCCACACAUCCUCAGAUCUCUUAUCUCACGACAUGGUCAGCGGCAUCUACCCAAGCCAGCGCAAUUUGGCAGAAAUCACUGAAUUGAUCCACACGGCAUUCCUGGUGCAUCGUGGAGUUGUCAAUUUGAAAGAGUUGACGGCUUCUGACGGCCUGCUGAAGGACAUGGAGUUUGGGAAUAAGAUGGCUGUUCUGAGCGGAGACUUCCUUCUUGCAAAUGCUUGUACCGGAUUGGCACAGUUAAACAACACCAAGGUUGUUGAACUGAUCUCCAGUGCCAUCGGUGAUUUAGUUCAAGGAAUCUACUACGAGAGUUCCAAUAACACUGAGGAGAAUAAUAUCACCACUGAAGUCAGCACUGCAGCAUGGGAGGAGCAGACAUUCCUGUCUCACGGGGCGCUGCUGGCCAAGAGUUGCCAAGCUGCCAUGGAGCUGGCACAACAUGAUAAAAAGUCCCAAAGACUGGCCUACAAAUACGGCAAGCACCUAUCCUUAGGCCACAAGCUAAACUCUGACCUGCAGCCAUUUGUGAAGAGCGACGUAGGAGAGCAGGUGCCUUUCAGUUUUAGCGCCGCUCCUGUGAUUUUUCACCGUCACAUCAUUGGCCCCGAGCGAUGGCAGCAGCAACUGCAGCAGGCAAAAACAAUGAGAAACCAACUUGAUUACGCCAAGCUUUUGGCAGCAGUUAAGUCAGAGAAAGGCGUGAGUUCGGCACUCAACUUAUGCUGUUACCAUGGCAACAGGGCUCUGGAGGCCAUCCAGGCUUUCCCCUCCUCCGAGGCUCGAUCUGCCUUGGAAAACAUCGCCGCCGCCAUCACCAAAUUUUGACCAGGAUUCACUUAAACGCACACAAACACACACGCUCACACAUUUGUGAUAUUAAAAGUGAAGCUCCAUUGGUCCUUUUGUGCAGAGGCCAGCAAAAUGAUGACUUGACUUAUGAAAACAAAUUCAUUAAAUCAGGUGCUCUCUCGUGGACUCUUUGAACAGUUGAGCUAAAUUGUGAAUGUGCUGCAACAGCAUAGAUUUUACUACUUGGAAAAAUACCAAAAAUUUAGGAUCAUGCUUUGAAUUAGCGUUGAUGCAUAGUCUUCAUUGGCACGUUUGUUUUCCCCCAAAUUUAUCUGCAAAGGCUAGGAAUGGAAGUUGAAAUUUCGCCAGAAAGGCAUUAAGACCUUCAAAGAUUAAAGGAGUUUAAGAGACAUCAGUA